UUGCGGGCCAUGGUAAUGCCACUCGGUUUGUGCAGCACUUUUGCAACCACUGAAGCAAUACUUCGUCAAGAGCAAAACUGCAAUAUAACCUGUUGAACUUACUUCGCUCCAGAGGGGCAAUGAACUCGAAAUCGGCUGCGUCAUAACGUACUUCCUGACUUCCCACUAUAUCCGUUUCAACCGCGGCAACUAAUGCCGAGUCAGGGUGAGACGCAGAUUCUGAACCUGCUAGUGAUUUUCUUCGACCAAUUGGGUAGAGAGAGAGAAGAGGCCUGAUUUCUAACCCCGCGGGCUUCCGCCGUGAUAAUCCCGGGGAGUUGUUUGGGGUUAUGCCCAUGUCAUCUUACAUGCCAUAAAACGUCCCGGUCAAGUUGACGCUGACAGUUUACCUCAGGGACGCGUGCGCGUUGCACCCAGACUUAGUCUCGCUGUCCUCCCAGACCAUGGAGCGCACCAGUGGUGGACAUGCGUCGGCACCUCCCGUCCAGGAGACCACCCCCGACCAUGACAGUGUGCAGGUAGAUACUCCCACCAGUACCAAUAGAUCCAUGGCGGCUUCUCCUAGUACGAUACAGAUAUACGCUCGGGUACGACCAACCCGCCCAAAUACCAAACUCCACGUAACACCUGAACGUUAUUGGUGCUCUCCUGCCGAGCAAGACAAACCGCGAAUUGGGUUCAGAGUCCCGCGAGACCAAGUCGCGGGGUUGGUGAAUAAUCAAAGGGAAGUGUAUGAAUUUGGUUUCGAUAGAGUUUUCGAUGUCACGACGGGCCAAGACGAAGUGUUCGAUAUAGUAGCCAAACCGGUUGUCUUGAGCGUUAUGGAUGGAUAUAAUGGUACCAUAUUCGCCUAUGGCCAGACCGGCUCAGGCAAAACAUUCACAAUAACCGGUGGUGCUGAGCGAUAUGCCGACCGCGGUCUUAUUCCGCGGACCUUGCAAUUCAUUUUCAAGGAAAUCCAAAAAAGGCAUGAUUUUCAUUAUGAAGUGAGCGUCUCAUACUUGGAAAUCUACAAUGAAAUUGGGUAUGAUCUUCUUGAUAACACACGAGACGCCAAAAAACUAGAGGAUCUUCCUAAAGUUACGCUACAGGAGGAUGAAGAGGGUAAUAUACAUUUGCGGAACCUCGCCGCCAUGCCCGCGAAGGAUGAAGAGGACGCUUUAAAUCAUUUAUUUAUUGGCGAUACAAAUCGCAUGAUUGCCGAGACACCAUCCAAUCCGGCAUCAUCACGCAGCCAUUGUUUGUUCAUCAUCAGCAUGCUUGGGAGAAAGGAAGGUGAAGAUAGAAUACGUAGAAGCAAACUACAUUUAGUGGAUCUUGCUGGAUCCGAACGAGUUGCGCGAACAGGAAUAGGAGGCAACCUCUUAAAGGAAGCAAAAUAUAUCAAUUUGUCACUGCACUAUCUUGAACAAGUCAUCAUAGCUCUGCAUGAGAAGGCACUUGGAAGACGAACACACGUCCCGUAUCGCAAUUCAAUGAUGACUAGUGUGCUCCGGGAUUCACUGGGAGGAAACUGUCGAACUACCAUGGUUGCCACUGUUGCCGUUGAGGAUGAAUUAAUCGAUGAAUCAAUUUCCACUUGCCGGUUUGCUCAACGCGUCGCAUUGAUUGCUAACCAUGCGAUCCUUAAUGAAGAGCUGGAUCCGCGAUUGGCGAUUAUUCGGCUGAAACGCGAAGUUGCCCGACUAAAGGCGGAGCUCGCCAUUGCUCGCGGUGAAGCAGGACAAUCAGAUGGAGAAACCUUACCAGAUUACGAAAAGGACAGAGUCAAGGAAGCUGUUGAUGACUUCAUAUGCGACCCUUCCCUUGACGCAUCCCUUGUAUUUAGUGACUUCCGCAAGAUUGAUGAAGCUUUCCGCGUCAUGAAGCGAUAUAUCACAGUGGCCCGUUCCGCAGUCCAUGACGGGGGAGCAGCUGCCGAGAAGCCUCCAGCUGAAGGAACCUAUAGCCAGCCUGCUAACGAUGUGCUUCAAGAGAAUGAAUUGAUGAGAUUAAGACAGCUACUAGCUCACCGGAACAACGAGAUCAACGUCCUCGUUAGCAUGGUGAAUAAUUAUAACACUGAAGAUAGGGCCAAAACAGUGGAUCUACUACAAACGCCUCGAGCUGAACGCAUCAUGGAGCAGCCGUUUCAACUCGGGGAUGUUGGAUCAGAGAGGAUGCAAACAAACUGGGGCUCCAAUGCCUUGCUGGGAUUGACUGGACGGCUUGCAGCGAGCGUACCACAGCUCACCACGGAAAAGGCGAAGGCAUUUGAGAUUUUCAAGAGAGGAUAUCCAUCAGGAGAGUGGAUCGAGGGGCAAAAGACACUGCUGAAAAAUAAAUACGCGGAAGCUAAAGCACUGGGGGAACAAGCGAGCCAGCUGCGAUCAGCCAUCAAGGCAAUGAAGGCCACGCUGGCACAGACAGAGGUCGGUGACGCUGCUGCAGAGGAGCAGAGCGUAGAUUUACGCAAGAGAGCGUUAGAGUCGUCUGCCAGGUACAAAGCAGCGUACCAGCAACUUAAAGACUUGAAAAUUGAGAUCGAGCAUCUGCAGCACCUGCUCGAGCAAGCCCGGCAUCGGCUUACGCGCGAUUUUGAGUAUUGGUACAUACAUGUGUACCUUGCCACGGAGGAUCCCUUACUGCAGCAAUCAGAAAAUGAUGAGGCUAGGUUGGAAAGAAGUUCGACGCUUGAGACCUCGCGUCCCAGGUGGUCUUCCAUGCCUAUAAUAUCAUCCAGCAGAGCAGAAACAUCUGCAAGUGCUCGGUACGAUAGCACAAAGUCCGUUGAAGAGACGAGGACAGUGAUAUCGUCUAAUUCUGCUUCGGCCUCAGUAUGGGAGACGUAUCAAAUGACAGCGCCUACCGCGGGAGCAUACGCGGCCAAGUUGGCCCAAGCAUUUGAGAUAGGAGGGCCGAACAAUAUGCAUUCCGAACCAAAUGACUACAUGUCAGAACCACCACUGGCUAACUCCGCAGACAGGGGCCGACCAGGUUCAACGCGACAGCGAAUUGCGCUGCCGAAAUAUGUAUAUCCUCCAAAUGUUAGCUCUUCUACACCACAAAUUACUUCCAACGUCCCGAUAUCCCAUGUCUUUCACAUCGAUUCCAAGAUACCGUCACGCCAUUCUUCACCAUCAACAUCCCGCGUCGAGAGAUAUGGCCCUGGAAACCCAUCGAGACCAACAAGCGCACUGCACACCAGCCCGGGGGAGGGAUCUCGUUCGUGCCUCGACUGCUCAGAAAAUGGACUGGUUCCAUCAACACCAGCAUUACAAGCAAUUGGGAAGACUAGCAUCAGCCAAGAUGUCGAGGAAUUUUACCGAAUACGUAACGGGCUAUUAAAUAAAGUCGCUACUGGGAGAUGAUAUCCGCUAUUAGGCAUUGGGCUGAAUACACGCUGAUAGUAGCCAAAAAAAUUCCAAUCGCUACCACAUUGUAACCGACUUCAAUUAAUAGGACCAUAUCCGUUGCCCUUCGGCUAUGGAUUUAAAGGUGCCCGACUGAAAUUCGCCAUAAGCGAUUUU